UUUUUAUCCCGGAAUUACGACGAAGUAGACAUUGUUAAGUUAAUGAAACGAAGUGUAAAGGGAUUGUAUUCUCGGCAUCCAAACAUUAAGUGUAUUCUACUGGAACAGACAACGGACUGAUUUACAUUUUCUGGCGACAUGGAAAUGGGAUACAUUGAUUGCAUAAUUUCAAUACAAACCACGUGCGUUAUAUAGCCGGGUACUGUGAUAAAUUGUCUGAGAAACUGUGUGACGAUAAACGACGGGGAUGGACCGGAUAUCAGUGAACAGAUUCUCCUUCCGCCGGAAGGGAAGCCAUAAGAAGAAUAAGGAGGAACAGUCCGAACCCGAGUUUGAUUACACAAAACUUUCGUAUAUCAGCCAGGAAGAGGCUCAGAAGAUUGAUGAAGAACUAUUUUCUGAAUACGCUUUCUCUGUUGAACAACUUAUGGAGCUUGCCGGAUAUAGCUGCGCUGUUGCCAUAGCAAAGUGCUACCCUUUAGAAAAAAUGACCCGAGAUAACGGAGCUGUUCUGGUGUGCUGUGGGCCGGGGAAUAAUGGCGGUGAUGGACUCGUGUGUGCCAGGCACCUCAAACUUUUUGGCUACAGACCGACCGUAUUUUACCCUAAGAAGCCAAACAAGCCCCUGUUUGACGCCCUCAGUAAGCAGUGUGAGGGGAUGGACCUCCCGUUCCUGUCCUAUUUCCCCUCCGAGGCGCACCUCAUACAGGACUCCUACAAUCUCGUGGUGGACGCUUUGUUUGGCUUCAGUUUCAAGCCCCCGGUGAGAGAGACUUUUGCCAACGUUAUAGAGGCGCUUAAAAAAGUGGACAUCCCCAUCUGCAGCGUGGAUAUCCCCUCAGGUUGGAACGUAGAGAAAGGUGACCCCGAGGGCCUACAGCCUGACCUUCUGAUCUCCCUCACAGCCCCCAAGAAAUGCGCCAAACUCUUCAAGGGCAGACACCACUAUCUCGGCGGACGGUUCGUCCCGAGGACUCUCGAACUGAAGUACGAUCUUCAACUUCCGCCUUACCCCGGAACUGAUUGUGUGGUGGAGCUAAAAACCCAGAAAUCGGAGGAGGAGAAAACAAACAGCGCGGGGGAGUAAUAGUACAGUGACGUCAAAAGACUCAGGGGAGGGGUCAUUGUUUUUUAUCAGAAUUUCGAAAGAAAAAAAAUCAAAGUUUAAAAGUGAUCACUGCUUUAGUUCAAAGUUUGAGCACGCUUGAAGAGAAAAUAUGCUUAAUGAAUGCUUGAAAUGAAAUAUUUAGUGAAUGAUUGAGCUUGAGAAAUUCCUCUGACGACGCAGUGUACUUGUUAAUUAUGACAGUCUAUUGGAGUGAUUAAUUAGUUUAACAUGUUUACUGCUGCUUCGUUUGUAUACACACUUCUUGUUGAAUAUAAGAUUAAACCUUACGCAAAACGUUGCUCAUGUGUAAUUUUUUUAUAGAAUGGAGAUUUGGAGGAAGGUCAAACUAUUCCACUGUGUUUUAAUGGAUGUUAAGCAAAUUAAGGAGUGUAACUCUGUAAUGGUUUGUAUCGUCAUACGGAGUGCGGAGUUAUCUUAAAGUUUCUUUGAUGUCACCACAAAUGUAAACAGAGGAUUAGAUAGCUUCUGAGUUAUAUUAAAUCGUAGCAUGGAUGCCAGUAUGUUAUGUCAAUGUGAUUCGAUUUCUAAAUAUUAUUUAUUUUAUUUUUCUUUAUAAGUAAAAUUGGUUUGAUUUUGGUGUUUAGAUUGAAGGUUUAAUCUAUUUAACAAAUGCGAAUUGAAAUAUAUCGCCCAAUUUAAAUGUAUUACUUUUGAACAGGCUAUUUAACAGUUGUUUAAUAUACCAGUGUGUUUACAUUUUAUUUGGCAAAUAAAUGAGGACCUUGUAUAA